GUCAAGAUUGAUAACAAAGACUGAUUCGUAGUCACAUUUAGAUCAGUUAUCUUUGGAUUUUCAAAUCGAGGUAUGUUUACACAAAAUCUGAUCUACAAUGAUUUUAAUAUCAGGUAGGCCUUAACUAUAAAAAUUUCUAUCUACAUAUUACAUGAUUUUAUAAUAUAUUCUACUGUCCCAUAAAUCUUCAUUAAAAGCAUCUCUUCUUACUUUAGAUGAUUUUCUUGUCGUCUUCAAUCAUAAAACAAAUAAAUCAUAUGAUUAUAUUACAAUCUAAUCGAUUUAUUUCAAUUGGUGAUCGAAUUUCUCUUAUUAGAAAAAUUACAGCUCAAGAUGUGAAUGAUUUUGCAAAACUUACUGGUGAUAUUAAUCCAAUUCAUUUAGAUUCGAAUUAUGCUAAACAAACACGUUAUAGAAAAUGUAUUGUACAUGGAACAUUUAUUCAAGGUCUACUUUCUUGUUUGCUUGGUGUACAUUUCCCUGGGACCGGAUGUGUUUUACAUGCAAUAAAUUGUAAAUUCCCAGAACCAUUAUUUGUUGAUGAAACAUGUCGAAUAGAAGCUCUAGUGUCUAAAUUACGUGGAAGACUAGCUACUUUUGAUGUAAAUGCUUAUGCCUACGAAAGAAAUGCGGUAAAUUUUUACUUUAUUUUUUCACAUUAUUUUGCGCUCAAGACAAUAAAGUGAAUUUUGAAGCUGUUCUAAAUCAUAUAUGAAGUUUUUUUUUUCGAAUAUUAAGCGAGUAUUCAUAUAAAUUAUUUUGUAUUAACUGUAAUUUAUUUUCUCCUUCAUUGUGUGCUAUGCAGUACUUGUUCAACCCGAUGUUUUUCUAUCGGUUGUUGAGGAAACAAAUAUCUUGAAGAUGUCUAUAAAAAUUGUAUUUAGGUAAAUUUAUACAAAAUAGUAUAUAUGUAGCGAACGGGACUUGGCGGGGAUGAUCAAUUUAUUGUUUAUAGCAAAAUUACAGUGUCCUUAUAAAUUCUGAAAACCACACAUUUACUACUUCAUUUGCACAUCUUCCCUCAGUUGUCCUUUACAUCGUUCAUGAUUGUUUCGAUUCUGCUUUUAUUCCAAUUCUUUUCUAAUUUUCUUUCGGUUCUCUUCAGUUCAAUCUUCUGAUGCCAGCCAUCCCAUUUCUGAUUGGUGUUACAUGCUACUUAUAUCUGUCGACAUUAGUAACCUACACCACAUAUAUAGUGAAAUAUUAAUUUACUCUAUACUUGAAUUUGAUAGAUAAGGAGAAUAUGUUAACUUUUAAAGUUGAUGUAAAAAUGAUUGGUUUGAAGUGUAAAUAAAAUUCUGAAAUUCAUAUAAUUUAUUCAGUAUUGAAUGAUUUAGAGUUAUUUAAUGUGAAAAACCUGUAGAUAAAAUUAAUUCUAACUGUUGUUCAGAAAAUGAUUUAAUUUAUUUCAAUCAAAGAUUUGAAAACAACAAGAACACCAAGGUUUGUAGAAUAAAAUGAAU